AUGACAUCGAAAGACCAAAAGGUCCUGAUCAUCGGUACCGGCACUUUCGGAGCUAGCACCGCAUAUCAUUUGGCAAAGCGAGGCUAUACGAACGUUACUUGUAUCGACAAAUGGCCAUAUCCCAGUCUAGACUCUGCUGGCUAUGACAUCAACAAGAUCAUCAGAACAGAAUAUGAUGAACCUCUCUACGCAGAAAUGGCUCUUGAAGCGAUCCAAGCCUGGCGAGACCCAAUGUACACCGACAUAUUCCACGAAACCGGCUGGAUCUUGACAACACUCGGCGACCCAAAAGCAGUAACUCACCUCCAGAAGUCGUAUGAGAAUCUCAAAAACAAAGGUCAAGCCCACAAUAUCGAUUUUGUUGCUGGCAAAGACGAGAUCACGAGACACGUACCGCAGUUGAAGAAUGCGAGAGAUAUAGACAAUUGGAAGGGUCUUUGGAACAAACAGGCUGGAUGGGCUCAUGCGGCCAAUGCGAUCAAGAAGGUCGCUGAUGAGGCGAAGGCUAUGGGUGUGACCUUUAUCUCUGGCGCUGCGGGAGAAAUGGUCGCUCUUGAGACUUCCGGUGAUAGAGUCACUGGUAUUAAAGUAAGAUCUGGCGACGUCUACGCAGCGGAAAAGUAUGUCUUGUCCACCGGUGCUGCAUCUCCCGCUCUUCUUCCCGAAUUAUCAACACAACUAUGGAGUAAAUGCUGGACAUACGGGCUCUUGGAGCUUACGGAAGAAGAAGCUGCACAGUUCAAAGACAUGCCGGUAGUACUGAACCACGAAUUGGGCUUCUUCUUCGAACCCAGCACAGAGGGUCGACUCAUUAAAAUCUGCAACGAAUUUCCUGGCUAUCAAUGGAAACAAGGAACAUACACCGACGAAGCUGGAAAAGGGCAUAAGUACUCCAUCCCUCGAUACGCGUCUGAAUACCCUCAGGAUGGCAUUCCGAAAGAGGCAAUGGAUGCCAUCAAGAACUUCAUCAGCACCGUCAUCCCACAGUUCGAAGGUCGAGAAAUCAAGGGAGCAAAAGUGUGUUGGUGCACAGAUUCGCCAGAUGCUCACUAUCUGAUUGAUACACAUCCAAAGUAUCCUGGCGGAGAAUUGUUACUGGCGACUGGGGACAGUGGACACGCCUUCAAGAUGCUGCCCAUCAUCGGAAAAUAUAUUGCAAAUGCGCUAGAAGGAAAUUUCAAGCCUGAGUGGAAGUAUGGAAACAGGAAGCACCUUGACAGUGGCAGGCCUGGUGAUGAGGUCAAAGAUCUCGCGGACGUCGGCAUUGGUGAGCGUCAGGCCAGAUUGUAA